AUGCACAAGAUCGAGUGUGUCCCCUGUGGUAACAGGGUCUUCGCGAACCGAGAAGCUCUUCAACAGCAUUUGAAAACUUCAUCUUCCUACCAUCCCAUUUGCGAAAUAUGCGACAAGCGCUUCUCAAGCGAGUCCGGUCUCGAAGCGCACAAGGUUGCUAAACACCCGCCGACGUUCGAUUGCACUAUAUGCAAUCGACCCUUCAAGCAAAUCUUCGCACUGGAAGACCACUACCGUGGGUCUGAGCGCCAUCCGAACUGUGCGCGGUGCGGUAAGGGCUUCCGGGAUAUGGCUGAAUUAGAACAGCAUCGCAACACGGCGCAUGUGCAAGUUGUCUGCACAACAUGUGGUGAGACAACUUACGAAGACCAGGAUUCAUUGGAGCGUCAUUACAUGGCCUCAGAACACCACCCCAAAUGCAUUCAGUGCAAGAAGGGGUUCUUGAAUCAAGAGGCCCUCCGAGAGCACGAGGCCAGCGCACACGGCGAAACGCAGCCUUCUGGAGACGCAAAUCCCGCAUCCCCAUCCCCAAGCCAGACCGCGAAGGCCUCCGUCACAGGCUCUUCAACUACCCCUUCCGGCCCAGCGGGUCCUCUUCCAAUGGGAGUACCACAUGCCGCCUCUCUUCCUGGUCCCCCGGCGCCUUACCCUCGCAUGUAUGAAGCUCACCCUUCAGGCUACCACGCCGAUCUACCACCAGUCGCUGCCUCGCCCCAUCCUCUUAGAGCACGUCCUUUACUAUCCGAAGACCUUCGUAGGCCUGUUCGGGUCGACUCACCGGACAUUUCGGGCCUUUCCGUUGCUUUCUCCUCGCCCUUGAUGGGAGUACAGGCUCCGCCUUUCAGUCCCAUGACCCCCGUCGGAUUGGCACCGCCCGGAAAGGAGAUGAACGAGCUCUGGAACGCGAAGGAGAAUAUCCAAGUCCCACCGGUUAGCCCAACGACUUCUACGGUUGGGCCAGCGCCGUUGGCAUCAAAUAAUUCUCAAAUCAGUCCCGAGCAGCGAUUUGCUGCACUCGCUGGCGCAAAGAUCACCUAUGAUGCUCCAGUUAGCAGGCAAGGCUCGUACGCAGCUAUACCCUCCAGAAGCCCUGUAGCGGUGCGAGAAAGGAGCUCGAGUGCGAACUCUCCCCCGUCCAGUAGCAUCCAGGCGGCUUUUCCAACCGGCCUGGAGCCUCUCUCAAGUGCUCCCUAUCGUCCAACGAUCUUGCGCUCGAACACCGCAACCCGGUUCGGUUACGCCGGCAACCGUUUCUCUUCACCACCCACGUCUCCUCCGGAUAUCACUGGCGGUAGUCAACUCACGAAUGGCUCACAUACCCGUCCCGCUUUGCUGACGGGAUUCCCGGUUGGGUUUCGAGCGUCUCGACCGCGAUUCAUCUCUCCUCCUCCCACUUCGUCGUCUGGUUCGAGUGCGGUGACCCCCGACUCGAAUAUCCAACCAAUUCAUCUGAGGGCCUCUUCCUCCCUCCGGGAAUUUGAUCCUCGAGCUGCCCAAGAAAGCUCUCGCCAAAUAACCCGCAGCUCGACGAUCACGCCCAACUCUAUCGUCGUUCCUGUCUCCACAGCUGCAGCUUCUAGCUUCUCCCAGCGUGCGUCAUCCACCCCCAGUGCGCAUUCAGCCUUGCCGCAACCGCGUGGCCACAUUCCCAAUGGGGUGGGCAAUGCAAACGCAGACGCUAUUGCACGGACCGUCCGAUGCCUGAUGGAUGACGAUGCGGCGAGCAUCGAGGAGUACAAUUCGGAAACCCCCAAGGUCGCCAGUAGCCCCAAGAAAGAGGACGAUGGGGUGCUCGUUUCGACGGAGGAGUUCACGAGCGCCAGCGAGAGCGAAGUAUGGGUCUCGUCCCCAUCGUCUUCGCACAGUGUUGCAUCUUCCAAGAACCCCGGCUUGGACGAUAGCCACCUUUUGACGAGCGACUCAAGCGCGGAAGACGAGGGCCUACCUGCAGAUCUGGAUUCGUUCUCUUUGACCACGAGCAGGGAUAGUUUUGUCUAUCGCUCUCCCGAGGGUAGCUCCCCAAUCGGCCUGGCGACAGGACUGCCCGCCAUUUCGCCUCUCCUCGAAACAACCAUCGACCUCUCGACCUUUGACUGGCCCGAGACAAAGUAUCCGCUCCCUGAAUCGACACCGUCUUCACCCACUCUCCUUGCGGACCCCUCCAUCAUUGACGACACCCUCGAAAUCUCGCCUCCCAGCCUCCAAACAUCCAGCUUCUCUUCUCCAGGAAACGAGAGUUUCGUCACCUCGCCGCAGGAACUCCAACCUGAGAACCACAACAUCGACUUUGAAACGCCGGAAACAAAGCGGGAAGAUCCACUACCAGACACCGACGACACAUUGGUGCAGGACCUCUUGGAAAAGUCUUCGGAUCUGCAUACCAAGGACCCAGGAGUCGAGGUUGCGGUCCAGGUCGAGGCUAAACAGCCUCUCUCUCCCUUGCACUGCAGGGAGUGUAAAUCAGACCCAUGCGAUGAUACCACGGCCACCAUGUGUGGCCAUAUCUUCUGCAACCGUUGCAUCGUCAACGCUGUCAUCAAAACUUCUCGGUGCCCCCUCUGCUCGACACCGACCCUCUUGUACUGUCUCUUCCGUCUAGAUUUGGAGACAGGAUCUUAG